CCCAUUGUAACUCACUUGGCCAAAAGCGUAGAAGAAGAAAAUGGUGGCUCUCUGACGUGACUGUGAGCAUCCUUCAAUGGUCAAUUAUUAUUUCACAAUAUUCUACCAAACGGAACGAAGUGAAAACCUGAACGAGGAAAAAACAUUCGGGAAAUGAUUAUUGCCCAAUGACCCUGUCACCCAUUAACUGUCACACGCCGACGACCAAAGUGGAAGCAGCGUGGCGGCGGUGGGACUGAGGAUCGGAUCGGGGGUCAGAGUUUCGGAGUUCGGGCUGGAGAUGGUCUGAUGGACCGCCGCUUUGUCCUGACCUUCAUCCUCUGCUCCGUGUCCUGGGUUUGCUUUUGGGAGGUGCGCUGGAAGAAAUCUAAAGGAAGUCAGAUUGAGGAAUGGCUUCAAAAACAUCGCUUGUCAGAGUACAAGCAUUUAUUUGAUGAUGUGCAGACUCUGGAGGAGUUGAGUCUGAGUGUGCUGGUGCGUCUGGAGGAGGCGGGUGCGGUGCGAGAGGAGGCGCGUUGGCAGGAGGCGCGUUGGCAGGAGGUGCUGCAGGCCCACAGGCAGCUCAUCAGGGACUUUGCCUUCCAGGAGUGGCUCAGCUCCCAGAGCCUCGAGCACUACUACCACACGUUAAAGUCUCUGGGCUGCAGUAGCCUGGAUGAGCUUGGCCAGUUUGACAGCCAGCUGCAGCUGUCGUUGGCUGCGUGGGGCUACUACUACGAGGACUACAUCAAGCUCUCCAGCGGCGUCAAGCGACUCCAGGCCACCAGGGGGCAGCGCAGCCACAAGGACUACGAGCUCCAGCUGGCACGCAGCCUCGCACACAGGCGCCUCACAGAGAAGUGGUCCUUUGCGGGAGCUCUGAUAUUUGGCUGUACCGUUGCACUCUGCUUUCUUAUUCGAGACCUCAUGUUUUACGUGAUUGGUGGAAUAACUGUGUCCAUCAUCGCAUUCGUCUUCACCAUCAAGUUCCUGUGUGAGCUCGCGGCUCGUGUGGUCAGCUUCCUCCAGAAUGAGGACCCUGGGCGCCGUGGCGACCGCAGUAUCUAUGACUACGUGCGGGGCAACUACCUGGACCCGCGCUCCUGCAAGGUCGCAUGGGACUGGAAGGAGCCGCAGGAAGUAGGCCAGACCAUGACCUUCAGGGUGCAGCUGUUCUAUAAGAAUGGACAGCCAUUUCCUGCCCACCGGCCCGUGGGGCUGCGUGUCAACAUCACCCACAUGGAGUUGGCGCUCGACAUCCCCGUCACACAGGAAGUGCUGCAGGACCCCCAGGCCAACGUCGUCAAGGUUGCCUUCACGGUGCGCAAGGCCGGCCGCUACGAGGUGGCCGUCAAGCUGGGGGGCCUCAACGUGGCCUACAGCCCCUACUACAAGAUCUUCCAGCCAGGAAACGUGGUUCCGUCCAAGACCAAGAUCGUGUACCACUUCUCCACGCUGGUGUUGACGUACGGGCAGCAGCACACGCUGCAGAUUGAGCCGCGGGACGAGUACGGCAACCCCACGUCCAACUCCACCUCCCUCAUCGACGAGGCCAAUUACAGCGUUCACAUGCACCCGUUGGGGACGACAGAUGAGAAUGGCGAUGACGAGUACUACCACAAGUCGGUCUCGUCCAAUAAGCAGCUGUGCCAGGUUCUACUGCGGCUCACUCUGACCCGGAUGGGCUGCUUCCGGGCCCGGGUCUCCUAUAUGGACCAGCCCCUCAGCAACGGGGAGUUCGACAUCAUCGUACUCAGUGAAAACGAGAAGAACUGCGUGGAGAAGAACGUGUCCACCCCCGGCAUCAGCAUCUACUUCGAGGCCUACCUCUACGGGGCCGGCAACUACUGCAACUCGCACGGCCAGUUCCCAGCAUCCUCUCUGCUGGCGCCGCAGCGGCGGCCCUCCAUGGGGGACCAGGAAGAGGACGAGCACGACUCGCCCGUCGAGGGCCAGCCCGAGAAGUUCAAGAAGCCCAAGAAGGUCUACUGCUACAUCUCACCAAAGCAACUGUCAGUGAAGGAGUUUUAUCUGAAGAUUAUCCCCUGGCGUCUCUUCACCUUCAGAGUCUGCCCAGGAACCAAGUUUUCCUACCACGGUGUGGACCCAGUCCACAAGUACCUGACUCUGGUAGUGGAUGACGGGAUCCAGCCCCCGGUGGAGCUCAGCUGUAAGGACCGGAACAUCAUGGCCGCCACCUUCAUACGCUUCCUGCACAAGAACAUCGGUGGCUCUGAGACGUUUCAGGACAAGGUGAGCUUCUUCCAGAGGGAACUGAGGAACAUACACUCCAAACGACCUCGCACCAAGACCUGCUUGAAGAUCUCCCGGCAGGCCAUCCUCGAGUCGUCUCUGAAGGCCACCAGGAACUUCUCAGUGUCUGACUGGACGAAGAACUUUGAGGUGGUGUUCCAGGAUGAGGAAGCUCUGGAUUGGGGCGGUCCUCGUCGUGAGUGGUUUGAACUAAUCUGCAAGAGUCUCUUUGACACCAACAACCAGCUCUUCACCCGCUUCAGUGACACCAACCAGGGACUGGUGCACCCCAAUGCGGAGCGCCCGGCCCACCUGCGUCUGAAGGUGUACGAGUUUGCGGGCCGCGUGGUGGGGAAGUGCUUGUACGAGUCCGCGCUGGGCGGAGCCUAUAAGCAGCUGGUUCGGGCUCGCUUCACGCGCUCCUUCCUGGCCCAGAUCAUCGGCCUUCGCAUGAACUACAAGUACUUUGAAGCGGACGACCAGGAGUUCUACAAGACCAAGGUGUGCUUCAUCCUCAACAACGACGUCAGUGAGAUGGACCUGGUGUUCGCCGAGGAGAAGUACAGCAAGUCGGGACAACUGGAGAAGGUGCUGGAGUUGAUUUCGGGCGGGGCCCAGAUCACGGUGACCAAUGAGAACAAGCUGCACUACCUGAACCUGCUGUCACAGUACCGACUAGCCAGCCAGGUGCGGGACGAGGUGGAACACUUCCUCAAAGGUUUGAAUGAGUUGGUCCCCGAAAACCUUCUAGCCAUAUUUGACGAGAAUGAGUUGGAGUUGCUGAUGUGUGGAACAGGGGACAUCAACGUCCAGGACUUCAAGGCUCAUGCGGUGAUCGUGGGCGGCUCGUGGCACUUCAGAGAGAAGGUCAUGAAGUGGUUCUGGGCGGUGGUGUCUUCCUUCACCCAGGAGGAGCUGGCACGACUGCUGCAGUUCACGACCGGUUCCUCUCAGCUGCCACCAGGGGGCUUCAACACGCUCUGCCCCUCGUUCCAGAUCAUCGCAUCUCCCACACACAGCACUCUGCCCACCGCACACACAUGUUUUAACCAGCUGUGCCUGCCCACCUAUGACUCCUAUGAGGAGCUGCAUAAGCUGCUGAAGCUGGCCAUCAGCGAGGGCAGCGAGGGCUUCGGCAUGCUGUGACACACACACACACACACACACACACACACACACACACACACACACAC